AUGUGGAGAUUUUUAAAAAGUCAACACCCCAGAGUCCAUGAAGUGUUGUACAUUCGUCAAGAAAAUCGGUACAUCCUGUAUAUGGUAACAAAACCAAAAUAUUGGAAAAAAACAUCUUUAGAGGUUAUGUUCCUGACUUUACAGAGCCUCAAAUCGGUGUGCAUCGAGCUCAAUAUUGACAAACUAGCGAUGCCCCGUAUUGGCAGUGGACUAGACCAACUUGAUUGGUCUGCCAUCCGGACCAUGAUUCGGUUUGUAUUUAAGGAGAUAGAUAUCAAAAUCCAUGUUUAUUCUCUAACAGAGUUAACACACGCGGAAAAACUAGAGAUAAUCGCAGAGCAUCAUUCCAGCCUACUAGGAGGACACCGUGGUAUAAACCAAACCGUAAAGUGCAUUCAAACACAAUUUAACUGGGAAGGAUUGGAAGAUAAUGUUAAGGAAUAUGUGUCCAAACCCAGACAGCAAAACCGUAACAUUGAUAUUUUGGAAAUAUUUUACCUAAGUUAA